AUGAAGCCUACCUUUGCCUCAUCACUAUUCGCAUGUCUCGUCACCUUCACCUCGAUCGCGAACGCAGCGACGGUACCCACUCGUGUCCAGUGUCCAGGGAUCGUGCUCAAGUGCAACCCGGGUCAAGUCAUCAUCCCUCCCAACCCUGAUGAACACAGGUUUUGCUACACUUGUGGCGUUCCCGGGGGUGACCCUCAAUCGUAG